AUGAUUCGUAGACAAACGCGACUUCGCCGAGAAUAUCUAUACAAAAAGUCAUUAGAGACUAAAGAGAAACAAAUUUAUGAAAGAAAACAAAAAAUCAAGGAAGCUAUUCGAGAGGGAAGACCAAUUCCGACCGAAUUGCGUGAGGAAGCCACAAAACUUCAAAAAGAUUUAAAUUUUGAUGAAGCACAAAAUGAACCAACCUCACAUAUCGAUGAUGAAUAUGCGCGCUCUGGGAUAUACGAUCCGAAAGUUUUGAUAACAACAUCACGUGAUCCAAGUAGCAGACUCUCACAAUUCGCAAAGGAAAUGCGUCUAGUAUUCCCUAAUUCACAACGAAUAAAUCGUGGUAAUUAUGUAGUCAAAGAUUUGGUCAAUGCCUGCAAAACAAAUGAUGUUACUGACUUAAUAAUAGUACACGAGCAUCGUGGUGAACCAGAUGGACUGAUUGUAUGUCAUUUUCCUUAUGGUCCUACGGCUUUCUUUUCAUUACAUAAUGUCGUACUUCGACAUGAUAUCCAAGACGAAGGCACAGUUUCUGAAGUAUUUCCACAUCUAAUAUUUCAUAACUUUAAUUCCAAUCUUGGUCGUAGGGUGAUGAAUAUCAUUAAAUUUCUGUUUCCGGUUCCCAAGGAAGACAGUAAACGUGUUAUGACUUUUGCAAAUGACAGCGAUUUUAUUUCAUUCCGGCAUCAUGUAUACGUAAAAAUAAAUAACAAAGAAGUACAAUUGGUUGAAGUUGGACCUCGCUUUGAAAUGCGACUUUACGAAAUCAGAUUGGGAACUGUCGAUUUGAAAGAUGCUGAUAUCGAAUGGGUUUUACGACCUUAUCAGCGUACAGCAAAGAAACGCGAUCAUUUAUAA